GUGCGUCCCACGCUCACGCGCCGCUUCUCAGUAUGGAGUAUCAGGUGGUCACCGAUGCCGAGGAGAUUGCCAGGCUUUACCGAGAACACAGCCUGUAUCCCUCUCUGGCCAGAGCUGAAAUUGGACCCGUUAUCACCUCUCAGUAUGGAGGAAAAUACUGUAAUAUAUACACAGAAUGGAGCCAACGUGAUUUUGAAAGGAACGAGAAUGUCAAGUUUUGCCGGCAGUACAUAGUGUUUCACGAUGAUAAGUCUGUUGUGUAUUCGGGCCCAUCGGGAAAUUGCACAGAAAUAAAAGGAGAGCUGUUGAGCAAAGACUCCCCUUCAGGUGAUUUGAAAGCUGUGGUCCAGGAGUGCACGAUUAAAGGUGAAGAAAAGCAGUUUCUGGAGGUCUGGAGCAAGAACAGCAAAGUGAAGAGCAUCAACCUGACAGCACUGAAGAAACAUGGCAAGGUCUAUGAGGAUGAUUUAUUUGGAUGCUUGGUGUGGUCACACUCCGAGACUCACCUCCUCUAUGUAGCUGAGAAGAGGAGGCCAAAGACAGUGUCAUUUUUCCAGACAGAAUGUCCUGAAACAUGUUCCCUGGGAGAUGACGAUGACGCUGUGAAAGGAGGGAAGAAGGAGGAAGCUGUGAAGGGGGACCAGUUUGUGUAUUAUGAGGACUGGGGGGAAACCCUGAUGAACAAGAGUGAGCCUGUGCUCUGCAUCCUUGACAUUGAGGGCAACAAUGUUUCUGUUCUUGAGGGUGUCCCUGAGAACAUCUCCCCUGGUCAGGCGUUCUGGGCUCCCAAUGAUACAGGGGUGGUCUUUGUGGGCUGGUGGCAUGAACCCUUUCGCCUGGGCCUGAGAUACUGCUCCAACAGGAGGUCCUCAUUGUUUUAUGUGGAUCUCACAGGUGGCAACUGUGAGCAGCUGUCAUCCGGUUCCAGCGCUGUCAGCUACCCCCGCCUCAGUCCGGACCUGUGCCGAAUUGUCUACCUGGAGUGUGGGGUGUAUGGACCACACCAGCAGUGUAGUCGGCUUUGCAUGUAUGAUUGGUACACAAAGAAGACAUCAGUCAUUGUGGAUAUCGUCAGCAGGCCAAAAGAAGAUGGUUUCACUGGGAUCUACAGCUCCUUCCUGUCUCCCUUCUGCUGGUCAGCUGACAGCCAGCGCGUGCUACUCUCCUGUGCACAGAAAAGCAGGAAGGAUAUUCUUGAAGUUGAUAUAACAACUGGAAAUGUCAGCACACUAACGUCAAAGUCAGAUAUGGGCAGUUGGACGCUGCUCACCAUCAUACGGGACCUUAUGGUGGUCAGCUGCUCCUCCCCAAACUGCCCGCCCAGCCUGAGAGUUGGUUUUCUGCCUGCGGUGGGGUCUGAGGAGCCAGUGAACUGGGUAACUCUUGAGGAGUCACCUUCCUUGCCUGACAUCCACUGGGAAGUGUUGAGCUUCACACCGCCCCCUGAGCAGGACAACACCAAAUACCCUGGUUUGGAUUUUGAGGCUAUCUUCUUGAAACCAAAGAAUGUCAAAGAAGGAACCAAGUUGCCAUUGAUUGUGAUCCCACAUGGUGGGCCCCACUCUGUGUUUGUUGCUGAGUGGCUCCUGUCCUCCGCAGUCCUUUGCAAGAUGGGUUUCUGCAUGUUGCUGGUGAAUUACAGAGGAUCGAUUGGAUAUGGUCAGGACAGCAUCCUUUCCUUGCCUGGCAAUGUUGGCGAUCAAGAUGUGAAAGAUGUUCAGCAUGCAUUGGAGAGCUUGUUAAAGUCUGGGUUGAUCGACAAGCAGAAGGUGGCUGUUUCUGGAGGAUCCCAUGGUGGGUUCCUGGCCUGUCAUCUGAUAGGGCAGUAUCCUGAAUUCUACAGAGCCUGCAUCUCCCGGAACCCGGUCAUCAACCUGGCCUCCAUGAUUGGCAGCACUGACAUUCCAGACUGGUGUAUGGUGGAAGCUGGGUAUGACUACAGCACUGACAUUCUGCCAGACCCUACUGUCUGGGAGCAGCUGUUAAAUAAGUCCCCUAUUAAACAUGUUGCACAGGUGAAGACCCCUGUGCUACUAACCCUGGGAGAAGAAGAUAAGCGUGUCCCCAGUAAGCAGGGGAUUGAGUACUACAGAGCGCUGAAAGCAUUGAAAUCUCCUGUUAGGUUGCUGUGGUACCCUGGAAACAACCACUCCCUUUCCAAAGUGGACGCAGAGUCAGACGGGUUCAUGAACAUCGCUCUGUGGAUAAUUCAGCAUCUGUCCCUUUAAAAUUGUCAUAAUUUGACAUCUCUGGAUGUCCAAACUUUUAACACCCCUGACAUGUACCCUUCAAUCUCAGUGCUGAUAAACCACAGAAUGCCAAAGGCUCUUUAUGGCAGACAACAUUAAGAUAUUGUCAGUUUUUAUUUGUUUUAACCAAAAACAUGUUACGCUGGCUCCUCAUCUUACAAGCACAGUUGGGCCUGGAGACUGUUGGUAAUUCGAUUUUCUUGCUAACCCUAGAGUCACAGUAUAUAAAUGCUUAAUAUGAAAGUCAAAACAGAAACUUGAAUUAAAUAUAUUUUCUGACUUUACCUUUUAUUCUUAACAUCAAGUUACAGUACAGAGCAAUACUGUAUCUUAAGCUUUGAACUUCAUUGGCUCAGCCCAGUGUUGGUGACUUCUACAAUGUGGUGCAUCCACCACUAUUAGUCUGAUGCGACACCCUUGGCCGUGUUAGGUUCACAGAGUACCAGGCGCAGAGCAAAACUUACUACAUUUCCCAUAAAAUUUACUGUUAUAUUUGCAAGCCCCUCUGGAUGCCUUUCCACCUACCAUGAGCGUUAGUUCAUCAUUUGAAGACAUGCUGUUAGGCAUACUAUUUUCUUCUUAAAACAUGGGUCAGGCAUCUUCAUAAAGGUUGCAGAACAGUAACUUCCCUCAGUUUUAUUUAGAAGUUUUUUCAGUGAUUAUUCGACACUUGCUGCCUCUUAUGUUACCUUGAUGAUAUAUAGGUUUGCACCUCAUUUUAACCUUUGCAACAGUCCAUGACUUGCUGUAAAAGUGUUAUACCUAAGACUAUCACCAUGAUUUCCUUUUGGUGGUCAAAAAUGCCUGACUACACCAUGCGAGUUGUGGAAGUAAAUUGCAUUAAGGUGGUCCUACAUUCCUGUUCUUUUAGGGUGCGUUUGAUGUCAGCUUGGCAGGUAAAACAUGAUUAUUUUCACUCUAUUACAGACAGAAAAUACAAGAAUAAAAUAGUUUUUUUGAAAAUACAUGAGUAAUUGAAAAAAUGUUUGCAUCCUUGAAAAUUCAUAA